AUGAUUGCGAACCAAAGCCUCAUACGCACCAUCAUUGGAGUGACAGGCAAUGUAAUCUCGUGUGGUUUGUUUUUGUCGCCCAUGCCGACGUACAUACAAAUCAUCAAGAGCAAGGAUGUGAAGAAAUUUUCACCAAUUCCCUACCUUGCCACAUUGCUCAAUUGCUUGCUUUGGUUUUUCUAUGGGUUGCCCAUCGUCCACCCCAAUAGCCUUCUAGUUAUCACCAUCAAUGGCAUUGGUAUAGCCUUUGAAAUAUUCUACCUAACCGUUUUCUUAAUCUAUGCUGCUCGCCAAGGCCGUUUGAAGGUCAUCAAACUAUUAGCACUUGAGGCGGUGUUCAUGAUAGCUGUAGUAACUUUAGUGCUCUUGUUGAUCCACACAACCACCAAGAGAUCCUUAGUUGUAGGUAUCCUCUGUAUUAUCUUUGGAACUUGCAUGUAUGCGUCUCCUCUUGUUGUGAUGAAACUUGUGAUUCAAACAAAGAGCGUGGAGUUCAUGCCCUUCACACUUUCUCUUGCUAGCUUUCUUAAUGGAGUUUGUUGGACUAUCUAUGGUUUCCUCCCCUUCGAUAUCAAUCUCCUUGUUCCUAAUGGUUUGGGGACUCUCUUUGGUCUUGCUCAACUAAUCCUCUAUGCUUGUUAUUUCAAGUCCACACCGAACAAGAAUACUAAAGCUGAGGUGGAGCUACCACCCUCUAUUAGUAAUAAUAUGAGUUUAUGGCUAGAGGACCUCAUAAUGCAACAUCUUCAAUUAAGCUCCACUCCAAGUCAAAUUCCUUUCAAUUCUAGUGAUGAUGAUGGUGAUGAUGAUGACGACGAUGAUGGUGGUGAUGGUUCUUCAUGA